AAGAGCAACUCGCAGCAGGAUGGCUGCUGCUCGCGAUGAGGGGGACGCGCCAACUCCGGCGGGGGAUUGAACGGGCUGCACGGCUUGAAACGUUUGGGAAUGCUUGUUGUGCAGCGUCAAAUCGACGCGGCCCCACGCUAAAUGAGGGCUCGUGCAAGUGAGAGGCAGAGCCGGGCCGGACUCUACCGAGUCCCGCGUUUAGGAUGGCCGCUGAUGCCGGCAACAUUCCGAGCCCGGUGGUGCACCAGAUCGACAAGCAGUUCUUGAUCUGCAGCAUCUGCCUGGAGCGGUACCACAACCCCAAAGUGCUGCCCUGCCUGCAUACGUUCUGUGAGAGGUGCUUGCAAAACUACAUUCCGGCCCACAGCCUGACGCUGUCGUGUCCCGUGUGCCGCCAGACGUCCAUCCUGCCCGAGAAGGGUGUUGCGGCGCUGCAGAACAACUUCUUCAUCACCAACCUGAUGGACGUCCUCCAGCGCUCGCCAGGUCACCGCGGAAUAAGCGGCGCCCGGGAGGCGGCGGCAGUCCUCAACAAUAUGGCCACGGUGGCAGCAGGUCACCUGCUCUCCUGCCCCAACCACGGAGGCAACGUGAUGGAGUUCUACUGCCCGCCAUGUGAGACGGCCAUGUGUCAAGAGUGUACGAGUGGGGAGCACGGAGAACACCCCACCGUUCCACUUAAAGAUGUCGUGGAGCAACACAAGGCCUCGUUACAGGAACAGAUGGAGGCUGUCAAGAGGAGGCUGCCCGAGAUCGACGGCGCCCUGCUAACGCUGUCAGAGAUCCUGCAGCGACUGACGGGUCGCAAGAGCGCCAUCGAGGAGGACAUCCACGCGGCCUUCGACGAGUUGCAGAAAACGCUCAAUGUACGCAAGAGCGUCCUGCUCAUGGAGCUGGAGGUCAACUUCGGUCUCAAGCAGAAGGUGCUUCAGGCUCAGCUGGACAAUUUGCUGCAGGGGCAGGAUGGCAUCCGCAGCAGCUGCGACUUCACCGAGCAGGCCCUGAACCACGGCGGCGAGGCUGAGGUGCUGCUGGUCAAGAAGCAGAUGAGCGAGCGCCUGGCGGAGCUCGCGGCGCAAGAACUUCCCCUCCGGCCCGGCGAGAACGACCAGUUGGACUUCCGCCUGGAGACGGAGGGCGUGAAGAAGUCCAUCCACAACCUGGGCAGCGUGGUGACCACGAACGCCGUGGCAUCCGAGACGGUGGCCACCGGCGAGGGCUUGCGGCACUGUGUGGCGGGGGUGCCGACCUCCGUCACUGUCACCACAAAGGACAAAGAUGGCGGACUUUGCAAGAUGGGUAACGCCGUCCUGGCGGCGGAGAUCUUGGCGGCCGAUGGUAGCAAAGUGGAUGGCGAGAUCCUGGACAACAAAAACGGAACCUACGAGUACCUGUUCACCGCCCCCACAGAGGGCACCUUUACGUUGUCCCUGCGCCUUUACGAGGAGCACAUCAAAGGCAGCCCCUUCAGGACCAAGGCCAGCAAGUCGGCGGACACGUCGGUGGCGUCCGACGGCGUCAAGAAGAGACUCAAGUCGCCGGGCAGCAGCGGGCACAUCAAGCAGAGGGCCAUCAAGAGGCCCGCCAGCAUGUACAGCACCGGACGCAGGAAAGAGAACCCAAUCGAGGACGACCUCAUCUUCAGAAUUGGCACCAAAGGGCGAAACAAAGGCGAGUUCACUAAUCUGCAGGGCGUGUCCACCUCCUUGGGAAAAGUGCUCAUUGCAGACAGCAAUAACCAGUGUGUGCAGAUUUUCUCCAACGAAGGCCUGUUCCGGAGUCGCUUCGGGGUCCGGGGCAGAACCCCGGGUCAGCUGCAGCGACCCACCGGCGUCGCCGUUCACCCCAGCGGCGACAUCAUCAUUGCCGACUAUGACAACAAGUGGGUCAGCAUCUUCUCCGGCGAUGGCAAGUUUAAGAACAAGAUCGGCUCGGGGAAACUGAUGGGUCCCAAGGGCGUGUCGGUGGACAAGAACGGUCACGUGAUCGUGGUGGACAACAAGGCCUGCUGCGUCUUCAUUUUCCAGCUCAACGGGAAAAUGGUCUCCAAGUUCGGUAGCCGCGGCAACGGCGACAGGCAGUUUGCAGGGCCUCACUUUGCUGCCGUCAACAACAACAAUGAAAUCAUCAUCACAGAUUUUCACAACCACUCAGUCAAGGUAAGGUGUUCAACACCGAAGGGGAGUUCCUGCUCAAGUUCGGCUCCAAUGGCGAAGGUAACGGUCAGUUCAACGCUCCCACGGGGGUGGCCGUGGAUGUCAACGGAAACAUCAUCGUUGCGGACUGGGGGAACAGCAGGAUACAGGUGUUCGACGGCAGCGGUUCAUUCCUGUCCUACAUCAACACAUCGGCUGACCCGCUGUACGGCCCCCAGGGUCUGGCACUCACGUCGGACGGACACGUGGUGGUCGCCGACUCGGGAAACCACUGCUUUAAAGUCUACCGUUACCUGCAGUAGCCCGUGCGCCCAAUACUCUAUAAACUAUAAAAACACUUGCGUAAGGAGCAGAUUUGCACUCAUCCACUGUCACUUGUUGUGUGCCAUUUGUGCGACUGGGACUUUUUGUUUCCUUUUGUUUCGAGCUUUUAGGAGUCACAUCAAACCAAUGUACACAUUCCAUCACAGCUACACUGAAAACAACAGUCGGAAUAUUAUUGCAGCAAUGAAAAAAAAAACAUAGUCAACAGUCUCAGAUAUUGUGAGAUUACUUUAAAAGUAUUUUACGAAGGAGUAUUGUUGCCACAAUGAAAAAAAAAAAACGAAUGAAUAUCAUCAUAAUAUCACAAGAUUCUUUUUUGUAAUAUUAUAAUGGUUAUGUACUAUUUAGAACAAAAUAUUUCACAUUGAGAAAAAUAAUCUGGGUAAAAAAAAAUGGAAGCAAAUAAUAGCAUGGUUUCAAUAUUACAAAUACUGCUACAUGUGUAAUAUGGUAUUGUCAUAAAUUGCCUUUGCUAAGAACAUAAAAUGUAAUGUCAAGAGAAUAAAGUUAUUUUUACAAGACAAAAAAAUUCCAUCAUGCUACAAGAAUAAAAGCAAAAAGUGGAACAAUAAGAGAAUUAUAACUUCCAAUGCUACCAAUGUAUAAAUUCGUAAUCUAGCAAGAUGUGCUUUUCUCUGCGGUAAAUUAGGAUUUCAACUACUCAUAAUAUGACAGCUUUAUUUAAAUAAAUUACACGUUUUUUUUUACUACUUACAUUCUUUACCUGUAUUAUCACUGUAAUAUAUAUUUUUCCCUCGUCAUAUUACAUGCAGCUUUAUGAAUGAUUGUGUUGUGGUGACUUUAUUCUGGUACUAUUGCAUCUUUUCCACCAUAAAAUUAAGACUUUUUCCUCAUAA